AUGUACAACAUGUUUCCCAUUCCUCCAAGCAAAAUGUGCAUAAACGCCUUCCUCAAAAACCGCCCUUCUCCACCCUCCGCCGACCAGACUAUACAUACAACAUCAGAUCAACCUACCACCAAGAAGGCUAUACACCAAUCACCAUGCCAAUAUCCCAACUCGAUCAACCGCAACAAUACACCACCCAGCCUAGGCACCCGAACCUUGAACAUCAACCCGAUAAAUCCCACCUUCCGCCCACCAAACGAAAGAACGCAUCUGAUCGCACACAUGCCCAAGCAUGUAAAAUGCAAAACGGUUCCUUCGUCGGUGCCUAAAAUCAAGAUCGUACCAUUCUGUUGUUCCACCGAGUCUCUUUCCCCUGAGAAAUGUACAGAUAAUGGUGUGGUUCUCGGCUUGUUCCCACAAUUUCCGAAGGAUGAGGAUAACGAGCGGUCGGAUUUGAAUAGUCCGAAUCCGUUUAAAGGGCUGAAAAGGCCGUCGAUGAAGAGUUCCACCAGGCUUUCCCAGUAUAAGAAGGAUGGGAAAACUGGGAUUCAUCGUGGAAGUCAUUCUAAAUUCACCGAGGAUGGAGUGUUCAGUAGUCACAGGGAGGGAAAGACUGACGUUCCCAUGGAUGCCAAUCAAGAGUAUUAUACCGAACCAGGCAAGCUAUGUUCAGAGCCAGAGGAAAUGAACGAUAAUGAAAGCAUCGUCCCACAGGUGACGCUCAAGACUCCCACUGACGAUAAGGCGAAGAAACCAGUUCAAGCGAACAUUGGUCUUAAACGAAAGAAAAGCGCUAUCGGAAGCACUAUCGACUCGUUAGGCAAUCUUUCUGUAGCAGAAGAAGGCUAUAACGCGGCUCUAAAUGAUGGCAGGGCGCAAAAUCCAGUCACCAUGGAGUUCAGGCCGGCCAAAAAACGAGAACUCUAA